AGCCGCACCGCAACCAGCCAGCAGAAAAAUCCGUCAGUCACUUUGUGGUGUGUGCCGUGCCGUGCAGAGACGGAAGAGAAAGAAACGACAGAAAAAAAAACGCGAGGAACGCGAGCCACACCAUUUUGGCCAGCUAGAUUUUCCCAGUUCGUGGCCGUUCCGUCGAAAAACCAGGACCGUUUCCGCAAUUCCUGGGAAGAGUCGCUGUCGUGCGCAAGUGAAGGAAAAAAACACGGGGUGGACACGUUCCGGAUCUUUUCGGAGCAGCAGCGGCCUGUCAAAUCGCAGCAAACACUGAAUUUUUGCUUCAGUUUAGAAAACUCGCCGGAAAGAAUGUUUUACCCACUGCAACCAACGUUCGAGGAUGGCGAGAUCGAGCUGGCCCGGCCGGAGAUGCUGAGCCAGGACGCGCUCGUCGACAACAAGCACUCGCUCGCGGUGUCCCUCUCGCUGGGCAACACAUUAAUCAAUCUCAACAAAAUCAAGUGUCCACAGUGCAGGAAGCGCUUCGAUACGAUGGAGGAGAUGCAGCUACAUCGCACCAAGCAUCUGACCGAGAACAAGUUCAAGUGCGAGAUCUGCAGCAAGGAGUUCCCUAGUCACAGCUCGAUGUGGAAGCACACCAAGGCCCACACCGGCGACCGUCCUUUCGUGUGUCAAAUUUGCAACAAGGGUUUCACGCAGCUGGCCAACCUGCAGCGGCACGAUCUGGUGCACAAUGGACUGAAGCCUUUCAAAUGUCCAAUCUGCGAAAAGUGCUUUACGCAGCAGGCAAACAUGCUGAAGCAUCAGCUGCUUCAUACCGGGCUGAAACCUUACAAAUGUCCCGUGUGCCAGAAAGCAUUUUCCCAGCACGCCAACAUGAUCAAACAUCAGAUGCUGCAUACAGGCUUGAAGCCCUACAAAUGUCCCGUGUGCCAUAAGGCCUUCACCCAACAUGCCAACAUGGUCAAACAUCAGAUGCUUCACACUGGUUUGAAACCGUACAAGUGUCCCGUUUGUGAUAAAGCAUUUACUCAGCAGGCCAACAUGGUCAAGCAUCAGAUGCUGCAUACCGGCGUAAAACCUUACAAGUGUUCCACGUGUGGCAAGGCAUUUGCACAGCAGGCAAACAUGGUCAAGCAUCAGAUGCUUCAUACCGGAGUGAAACCAUACAAAUGUCCCACCUGUGGAAAAGCUUUUGCUCAACAGGCGAACAUGAUGAAGCAUCAGAUGCUCCAUACCGGGUUGAAACCAUACAAAUGCAACACGUGCGGCAAGGCGUUUGCCCAGCAGGCAAACAUGGUUAAACAUCAGAUGCUUCAUACCGGCAUUAAACCGUACAAAUGCGGCACGUGUGGCAAAGCGUUUGCCCAGCAAGCCAACAUGGUCAAACAUCAGAUGCUUCAUACUGGUGUUAAACCCUACAAAUGUUCCGUCUGCGGAAAGGCUUUUGCGCAGCAGGCCAACAUGGUCAAGCACCAGAUGUUGCACAGUGGAAUCAAACCGUAUAAAUGUCCCACUUGUGAUAAGGCAUUUGCCCAGCAGGCCAACAUGGUUAAGCACCAGAUGCUGCACACUGGCGAAAAACCCUUCAAGUGCAAGAGCUGUGAUAAGGCGUUCUCGCAGCGGGCCAACCUGAAGAAGCACGAGAUGGUGCACCUCGGCAUCCGCCCCCACACCUGUCCGCUGUGCUCCAAGUCGUACUCGCAGUAUUCGAACCUGAAGAAGCACCUGCUGGUGCACCAGAAGCAGUCGCUCAAGCAGCAGCAGCAGAACGGGCAGGUCAUGGUCAUCCUCUACAACUGCCAGACGUGCAAGAUGCAGUUCGAGAACAUCCUCGAGUUUGAGCGGCACACCAAGCAGUGCAACGAGCUGAACAACGGCGCCGCCAACGGAGGCCAUGCCCUGAAGCUCGAGCACAUCAACAUCAAGAGCGAAAUCGACAUCGACGGCAGUUCGAGCUCGGGCAUGACGCAGCACAUCACGAUCCCGCACAGCCAGUCGCAGCCGCCGAUGCACAUCCCGUCGGCCAUCCUCACCUCGGUGAUUUCGUCGUCCUCGGCCAGUGGCAUCCACACGUUAAGCACCAGCCACGUCAACCAUCACCCGGGUCAUCCGCAGCACCCGCAGCAGCAGCACACUCCGCCCGCCGUCGGGCAACAUCCUCAGCAGCAGCAGCAGCAACAACAACAACAACAGCAACAGCAGGCUCACCAGCAGCAGCUUCCACCGGUGAGCACCCACCAGCAGCAACAUCCGUCGCUCCAGCAGCAACACAACGGACUGCCAAUCCAUCUGCAGCAGCAGCUGUCACACCACUUGAUAUCGUCACACCUGCCGCCCCACCAGGACCACCAGGAUCUGCACCACCAGGUCAACUUCCACCAUCCCCACAUCCCGCACAUCUCGAACCUGCCCCACAAGAUCCUUUCCCCGCUGUUCCACAUUCCGCCGUUCAACAACAACCACAGCACAUAAUGGAACGCGUCCCGCAAGGGACCAGUGGUGGCGCCGGUGUCGUCAGAACCGGCCACUGAACCCAAGGUGGAAACCGACGAACGUCCUUGACGGACUCGUCGGGGCAAAGGUAGGAGCGGCGGCGGCGGCUGCACCAGCAACAACUCAGUUGAUAACUCUAAUCAAAACUACACACACACUGUAAGAAAUAUGAUUGAUUAUGCUUAGGAUGAAUGUUUGCGAACAACUAGCGGCGGCCGGCGUACUCAGAGAGUACGGCGGGCCGAAUAUUGAAUAUUUUUUAUUAGGAUUUUACAGAUUCUAUGCAAAAGGAAACAAAAUAUAUAUGAAGGCCUUCUUUUUUAAGUUUUCCUCCCGUUUUGUUUUCGUCUUAAAAAAAACUCACACACACAAACACAUAAAAACGCAAUCAGAUGAUUGUUAUAAGCACCGUUACUUAUAUUUAGGGAAAGCAUGGAGCACGUUGACCAAGCGGAGGAGAGAGAGAGAGUUAAGAAAUCAUUACAGAAACAGAAACAAAAAAAAACUACAUUAAUCGAAGGGCUUGUGAGAGCGCGCGCGCGCCCUGCUCGUGGAACUCGGUUUUUUGUUCUAUACUGCAAAAAAAACUGUAAGCGAAAGCGGGCGAGCGCGCCAACCAGUUGUGAUAUUUGGGUGGAGAGAGGGGAAAGAAAGAGGUGUGUUGCGAUAAAAAAAAACGCGCAUGAAACUGAUGUGUCAUUGGAAAGUUCUAUUCGUUAAAGGUACUCUUUUAUUUGGUUUAAAGCAUCGUUUUUUGGUAGAAAAUGUUUCAAGUGGGUUUCGAGUGGAAAAAGGUUUUGGUUGAUCAUAGUUGGCCUUGAUGGAGAGUAAUGUUACAGUUCUGGAGUUUUUUUUAAAAAAGGUCCAAUAAACCAAAUUUCUAGUUUUUGCUUUUUGGGUGUUUUUGAAACCGCCUUGAGUCAGGGGUAUUAAAAAACACCCCUGAUUAAUUCAUUCGAUCGUAACAUUUGAAAUGCUUUAAAUUAUAAAAAAUAAAGCAAACAAAAAUUUCUCAGAAAUAAAUAUUUAAAAAUUAAAAUAAAAAAUAGAAUUUUAUAACUUGCUGUAUUACAAGGACAAUUUUGACAUUUAGAUCACCAGAUCACCUCAAUAGAUUUAUUCGUCGCUCAACUGAAAAUGAUUGUAAUAUUAUGAUCGCCUGAUUUCUAGCCUCAAAUUGCCUAACAACAAAACAAAAUAACAAAAUAAAUCUGAAUAUUUUUAUGACUGUUAUAUACUAUUUCUAUCAAAAUGUCAUUUAACUUACAACCAAAACAACUUUUGACUCGAUACACUCUUGAACAAAUAUAUAAAAAUCUGAAAAAAAAAAUCCUCUUAAAUUGAUGAACUGUACAUAAAACAUUGCAUAUUAUUAGCAUUAGACUCUCAAAUACACACACACAUAUUAGAAUACAACCAAUUUAGAUUUAUAUCAAAAUUAUGGGAAUCAAGGAAAAAAUGGAACGGCAAAAUAUACUGAGCAAAUCAAUAAUUUUAUCAACAUUUUGCAUCCGAAUUGCAUUUCUGUACUCUUUUGUAAAAACACACAGUCCAAUAGUUCAUGUUUUCGAGUUUCGAGCAGUUAAGUUACGCCCUUUUGAAAUGUUGAUAUUUGCGAUAUUAAGUAAUAUUUGAAUCCACAUACACAAAUGAAGUUGCAUUUUAGGGGGGAGAGGGAAAUUGCAACUUAAUCUAAACUAAAAUUUUCACAAUAUUUUUUUAGAGGGGAUUGUUAAUUUCUGGUCCAUCGGCAUUUGAUUAUUGAAUGCUGUUGAAUGACACUUAAAAAUCUUUAAAUUUAUUGUCAGACGAAUUAAAGGAAGUUUUCUUAGCUUUCAGUUAAAAAUUCGAACUCGAAUUUAAAAUCGGUGCUCUUUGAAAAAAUGUACUUUUCGGUUGCAAAUUCGAUUUACUUUAUGAAAGGACUUAUUUUUUUUUGUUACGAUCAUUUUAAACAACAAAUGGCCUGAUUUUCAUCGCCAAAAAUAACAGUGCAGAAAAGUACUUUUCAUCAUCCAUUUAGGGCAGCGAAUGACCAAGAAGGUUAAAGCUGCCAGAAAUAAAUGAAUUGACAACAACAACAUCAUCCAUUUGAGUGAGUGCUGAAAAAUCCGACUUUUCAGCACUUGUAUCAAAAAGCAAUACUUUUCGAUACUUUUUUUGAUAUUUGAAAAUACUAGGCCAAUAACAUUUUAUGUUAUUUAUAACAAGAUUUGUUAUUCGUCGUUAUGAUUUUUUUGUUAUUGGAUUGUUAUUGGAAAAACAGUCUUAUAACACUUACAGUUAUUCUUUGAACAAAUCCUUGUUAUUAUUUUUUGUUAUUUUAACAACUAAUCCGAUCAUCCCAAUAACAGUUGGAUGUAUUCUCCCAUAACAAAAAAUGUUAUUCCAAAGUUGUUUUGGCUUUAAACCAAUAUCGGACCAAUAACAAAUUUUGUUAUGAUAACAUGAACUGUUAUUAAACUCUUUUGCAAAAAUGUAUUUUUCAAGAAGAUUCCAUAACACUUUUGUUAUUUUAACAGUGUUUGUUAUUGAAAUGGCAUGAAUUUUGUUAUUACCGUCUGCCCGGGAAUAUUUUCCCAACUUGCUUUGCAAAAUAUAGCAUUAAUAAAUUGGUUAUGUGUCUGCAAUUUUAUAACCAAAAGAAACAAUAUGCCAUUUCUAUAUUCCUAUUACAUCUAACUUAUUUUUUUAAGAGGUGUUAUCACAUAGGACCUUUUGAAGAAUUAAACUUGAUGUGAUACCUACUUCAAUUUCUACAAAAAAUUGCGUUAAAUGUGAAAUUACAGAUUCUCGAUAUUCAUUCAAUGUCGCAAAUAUCAAAAUUCUGAGUUAACUUUAUAAUAGGACGUAAUUGGGCGUCUUCAUGCAAGUUUACUUUCUUUUGAAAAAUUACCUUAGAAAUUCUAGAAGUCGUACCUUAGAGAGAUAAAAUCUAGAGUUUCUUUUUGAAAGGGUCCUAUAAACAAAAUUUUAAAUUUUUGCUUUUUGGGUGUUUUUAAAACCGCCUUGAGUCAUCGGUAUUCAAAAACACUCAAAAAGCAAAAAUUGAGUAUCUUCUUAAAAAAACAUUCUGAGAGAGCCAAACCGUAGUAAAGAGAGAGAGAGAGCAACUCUCUCAUUUACGCUCUUUGUUUUUAUUCUAUCACUCUCUUGACCGUCACUGCGGCAGUUUUUGUUUUAGAAGAGGAAACGAAUUUAAAAAAUAAUAGUACAGAAAUGCAAAUCUUUUGCGAAUAGUUAAAUUUAACAGCACCAACGCACUGUCUCCUGCAUAAAAUAACCUAACCUAGUAUUUUUUUUUGCCAUCGAAAUCAAGAUAGAGAUAUUUAGUUGAGCCUUUUUGGAAAAAAAAUCUAUUGUCAAGCAGCUCUAUCACGAAUUAUCGACCAUCGAUGCUGCAAGAAAAAAAACUUAAUCAAAAAAAGAAAACCAUCAACGUAGUGUUAAAAAGAACCAAACAUUAAAGUUUGGGCAACAGUUCCUAACCAGAAGAUGAAGCAGCAGCAGCAGAAAUACAUUCAAAAUGACAUAAACAGUUAAAGCUGAAAACGUGAUCACGAUCUGUCGAGCGAGCCAUUAUAAUCUCAGAGAUUGACACACACACGCGUUUAGUUCACCAAAACCGUUGAAUUUUGAUGCUUUGAAAGAUCUCGUCGGAAUUUACCAUAUUUUUUUUAAAGCAGCCCAAGAGUCACGUGUGGCCGUUUGAUCUCACCUUAAGCACACGACGCGACGACAAUUUCCUCUCUCUUAAUUUGCGAUUCCUUUUCUUUAAUUUGCGUGUGUGCGUUUUCGAAAUUGUGUCUGUUGCGCCAUUGUUUGAACAAACCCUUAACGUUCGCUCCUAUUUAGUGUGCUAGUCUUGAGCGAGUGGGGAAAUUUUGAAACAACUAUUAGAAUGGGGACUGCUUCUUAAAAGUGGUUCGAAAAUAUACGUAGCAAUGAGAGGAAACUUAAUUUUAGCGGGAAAUAAUAACACACACACAUACAAGAAAGAUAGACUGCUUUUGAACAACAUGAUGAAGAUUAGUAGAGAAGCUGCAAAUGAACACAAACACACAUGCAUGAAAAACUCACAACACUACUACAACUAAUCGUUUUUAAAAGCGCGUAUUCUACUACGACUGAGAGGUAAAGAUUUCGUUAGGAUUCGUAAAUAACUUCCUUACCAUUUAUCGAGUAUGAGAGCGAAAGAAAGCGAGAGAGGAAGAGGCAGGAAUGUUAGUAUGGGCGGAGCGAUGCACGUUUCUUCACAGUUGAACACACAAAAAAAACACCCUCAAAAUAACCAGUAAUGCGUGCUGUAAAGUCUUCCAUUUGUGAGAUUUUAAUCUUCUCAAAUUAAAAACACUGACGGUCAAUCUCGCUCUCUCUCGUAGAGAAGCUCUUUUGGAGAGAGCAAGAGAAAAUUAAAACGCGUGCACGCUCCGAAAGGGAUCGAAACUCGGGACGAGACAGUGAGCAAGAGAGUGGCUCUCUUUCCUCAAUCUGGACGAGAAGCAGACGAAAGAGAGUCACUCUCGUGCUCACUGUCUUGCGCCGAGUUUCGACACUCACACACAGAACAGAGACGGACACACUCGAUUUAGGUUUUAUGUUUUUGAUCCUCAGAUUCAGGUUUAAGUUAUGUACUUUACUGUUAAUAUCGCGUUAAAGUCAAGCAAAUAUACCCGUCGUAAAGGUCGUGCCAGUGUCAGCGUUCUCUCUAAGGGCUGGACACUCUCGAAAAGUCAUCUAUGGACGACCCCUUAAUAAAGUGGCACUGACACGCCUUUGUUAUAAUUUGCACACCCACACACACACACAUGAAACAUAUACGUAUAAGAGAACUAGGACUUUAAACAAUUGAUAAUUAUACAGCUAUUGGCUACCAUGCGAAUACUACUAAGUAGAGGUUUAGUGUAUCAAGCAAAAAAACAAGAAACAAAAUAAAAACAAGAAUAACCUUAGAGAGACUCCAUUAGCUGUAAUCAGAAAAAAAGAAAACAAGCAAAAAAUGUUUUAAAAUCGCCACAACCGCAAACAAUUGGAAACGGAACAGAGAUACGAAAACAAAACAGAAAAAUAAAUAGGAAGCAAAAUUCGGUGAUAAACAAACAAGCUCUAAAGAGGAGAGAAAGAAAGAGAGAGAGAGAGAAAGUCAUUUAUAAGCUAGGAAUAGGGAAAGGUUGAACAUGUUUUGUUGUUACACGCGAAAGCAAGUGUAAAAAAAAGAGAGUGUGAGCGCGAGCGAGAGAGGGAGAGAGCAAAAGAGAGUCACAGUUUGUGGAUAGUUGCUAGAUAGUGGUGAGAAAUAAAAAAAGGUAUGAAAUAAUUGAAGAAAAAAAAAGAUGCAAAAGCAAUGCUGUUCAAAACAGUUUUAUUUAGCGAUACUAUACACACAGUGCAAAAGGUGAAUAAAAAAAAGAAAAUCUUUAUAAAAAAUAGAAAGCAAGCAAAUUACAGUGUUUUAAUAAAGGUGAAUCACACACUCACAAAAAAAGAAAGAUAAUGAAACAACAACACAGGAAGAAACAUACAUUUUAUAUUGUUUUUAGACGAGUGCGAGUCAGAGCAAGAGCAGUGGAGACAGAAAAGUGAGGGAUAAUGUGCGAGAGCGUGAAAGUGUAAAAACCAGAGAAAGAGUUUAAUUAUGUUGACAGUUGAAACCUACUUCACACACAUAAAGCAUAUUGAAAACAGUUUAAAAAAAUGAAACAAUAGAAUAAAACCCAGUUUCGUUUUUUUGUUCUUGCUGAUGUUAGACAGAUGUGUGUGCAGAUCGCCAGAAGUAGAGCAAGCAACAAACACAUCAGAAAAGGUUAAGUGCAAGUUACAAUACAUAUUCAUUACAGCCACGACACACUUCCGCUGCGCGAAAUCAUUUGUUAUAGUGUUUUUUGAGAUAUGGAAUAGUUUAGAUUUCUCAACCUUUUUUUAAAAAGAAAAAGAAAUACGCCUUCCUAUUAUUACUACGAAUAAACACACACACACACACAAUCAAAUAAAACUUACGUAUAGAAGCUUAUAGUCAUUAA